ACUCCUGAGGAAGAGGAAAUCCUAAACAAGAAGAGGUCGAAAAAGGUCCAAAAGAAGUUUGAUGAGCGCAGAAAGAAAAGCAAGAUCAGUUCUCUGUUGGAGGAGCAGUUCCUGCAGGGGAAGCUUCUUGCCUGCAUUGCCUCGAGACCAGGACAGUGUGGCAGGGCUGAUGGCUACGUCCUUGAGGGCAAAGAACUGGAGUUCUACCUGAGGAAGAUUAAAGCCAAGAAAGGCAAAUAAAUGUAGAGCUCUUUUUGAUAUGACCAUUAAAGAAUAUACCCCAACUCGUCA